ACAUUUCAUGCUAUUACAGGGGCUAAUAUCUUCAUGGAUGGGGAUGACAACGACAACGGUUGGAGAGACCCUGGAUCAGCGACUCCAUCCACGGAUGCUUCGCAGGACGAGAACCAGGAUCGCAGUCGUCAUGAUGUCCUUCAUUCACCAUUGGUUAGCAGUCACAUGGACUAAUUUGGGAUUCUACGUCACCUGGGCUAAUAUCUUCAUUGAUGGGGAUGACAACGACAACGGUUGGAGAGACCCUGGAUCAGCGACUCCAUCCACGGAUGCUUCGCAGGAGGAGAACCAGGAUCACAGUCGUCAUGAUGUCCUUCAUUCACCAUUGGUUAGCAGUCACAUGGACUAAUUUGGGAUUCUACGUCACCUGUGGGUACUCAUCAGGACCAAGCAGCGUCGUGGGACUUCGAUCGGGAGUGUCGCGUCGGGAGUGUUCUGGAGCGUCCAGAUUCGAACUUCGAAGUCACCAAUACCCGGAAUCUCGGAACUUCCGGGGUCCUGGGUCUUGGAAACUUCGGAAUUCGAAUCUCAAGGCCUCCAAAACAUCGGAUUCCUUUGGGAUCCUUUGUUUUGGAGAACUUGGGACUCGAAUUUCGAAGUUUCUGAGACUUAGUAUCCCGGAAGUUCCGACUUCCAGGUCUUGGGGGCCACUUAGUUCGAAUUUGGACACUCCAACGUCCGGGCCUUGUCCCGGACGCUCGUCGAAUUAACAAAACCUUUCGCACUAAACCUGGUAGGCCUGAAAAAUUUUUUUUUGUCAAAAUAAAACACAGUAUAAGGGUUA